GAGGGGAUCAGUCACAUGCUGAUUACUAACGAUGUCAAUCAUGACACCCUUCUUGGGAGAUCCACCCUACCAGCCAAAGUUGACAAAGCCAAGCAUAAUGUUUUGACAUAUGCUCAGCAGUCGAAGGAACAGGCCUGCAUAGAACAAGACAAACUUGCCAAAAGAAUCCAAGAGUUCAGGACACAAGCUGAGCUUAAUCAUAUGCGGGGAUCCAGUAACCUUGGUACUUCAACUAGUUCUAUAGCCUCAAAUGGUGUUGGUAUGAAUUCAGACAAAAAUAUAGAAGCAAUUAUGCAGUCCAGUGCAGAAGGAGCGGUCCAAACUAUUAAGCAGGGAUAUCUUUUGAAAAGAUCUUCCAGUUUGAGGGCAGAUUGGAAGAGACGGUUUUUCGUACUUGACAGUCUUGGCAAUUUAUAUUAUUACAGGCUCAAGGGUGCACAGAUGGUAUUCUUAAUUUUUUCACCUUCCUAAUAUAAGUCAUUUUCA